AUGUCGAUCAUUCUCGGUGCUCUGCUUGGCCUGGCGGCCGCGGCCUCGGCUGCCACGACGAAUACCAAUCUGCAAACCGCGUUCCCCGCGUCGUCGGGGACAAGUGCCUUGGCAGCGGUCAAGACGAUUGCCGCCGGGGCGACCUUUGACGGGGGCAUGUACCAGUGGGAUCGAAGCCCUAGCACUUGUAAUGAACAAGCCGAGGGCGGCGAUUCUGAUGCUGUCUUCCUCCUAGAGGAUGGGGCUGUUUUGAGCAAUGCUAUCAUUGGCCCGAACAAUGGCGAGGGUGUCCACUGCUUGGGUACCUGCACUCUGAACAAUGUCUGGUGGACCGACGUUUGCGAGGACGCGGCAACCUUCAAGGGCACCUCGUCGUCGGGCAUCUCGUACGUCAACGGCGGCGGCGCCCGCAACGCCGAGGACAAGGUGCUCCAGCACAAUGGCGCCGGCACCGUGGCCGUCAAGAACUUUUGGGCCGACACGGUGGGCAAGGUCUACCGCUCGUGCGGCAACUGCGACAGCCAGUACGCGCGGCACAGCACCUUUAAUAACAUCUACGUCACGGGCGCCGACGUGGUGGCUGGCGUCAAUGGUAACUAUGGCGAUACCACGUACAUAUAUAGCAGUUGCGUGGAUGGCGCCAUCUGCUGGGAGUACGAGGGCAAUGAUAGUGGUGCUGAACCGUCCAAGACGGCUAGUGGACCUACGGGUACAGCGUGCACCACGGCGAGUAUCAAGACUAGCUGUUGA